GCCUGUUCAGUCAGGACGGGAUGCAUCGCUCAGGUUCGAAAAGUUUUUACCAGAAGAUGGCCAGCAAAAGCAUCUACCUACACACGAAGAGGAGAAGACAAAGGAGAAGCGAGUCUACAUGACGACGGGUUUUUCUCUUCUCCCGUUUCUCGCUGAGAUUUUACCUGAG